GAAGAAGCGCCGCGGCGGAGGGGCCCGCGGGAUGGCCAUGGCCUGACGGCGCCGGGGCAGCGCUGCCCCCCGGCACAGCCCCCCGGCACAGCCCCCCGCCCAUGGCGCGGUAGCGGGCGCGGGGCCCGGGGGCAGCGGCGGCGGUGGCGGCGAGCGAUGCGGGCGCCGGGACCAUGCUGAGGACCGAGGCCGGCGGGGCCGGGGGAGCCCCCUCGGCCGGGGGAGCGGCGGGGGCCGGGGGGCUGCGCAGCGCGUCCCCGCACCGGAACGCCUACGAGGCCACCAUCCAGGCCCUGGCGCCCACAAAGGAGGCCGAUGGCGAGGACGGCAAGAAGAGCCGCGGCAAGAAGUAUGGCUCCAACGUGCAUCGGAUCAAGAACAUGUUCCUGCAGAUGGGGACGGCGCCCGGCCCCGAGGGCGCCUGCGACCUGGCCAAGGCCAAGGAGAAGCCGGUGCGCCUGUCCCUGCCCCGCGCCGGCAGCCUCGGCGACGGCGUGGACCAGGGCAGCCUCCUCAAGCUGGGCACCAGCGUCUCGGAGCGCGUCAGCCGCUUUGACUCCAAGCCCGACAAGCCCUUCUCCAAGCUGCAGGAGACCCGCAAGAUCUUCGAGAGGAGCCCUCAGGAGAAGGCCACCAGCACCAAGCUGCUGCUGCGCAAGGAGCGCGCCGGCUUCCAGGACCGCAAGCUGGACGUGGUGGUGAGGUUCAACGGCAGCACCGAGUCGCUGGACAAGCUGGACGCCGACGCCGUGUCGCCCACCGUGAGCCAGCUCAGCGCCGUCUUCGAGAAGGCCGACCUGAGGAACAACCUGCACAAGGCGCAGGGCCGGGCGGCCGCGCCGCUCAACGCCAAGGCGGUGGCCAAGAGGCCCAGGGUGUUCGCGCCUGGCACCCGGGGCGACGGCCCGGCCGACGGCCACGCUGCCCCGGCCCGUGCCCGGCCGCCCGACGAGGAGAAGGCGGCGGCGAAGAGCGGGCGGCCAGUGGAGAAGGAGGCGGCCGCGCCGAGGGUGCAGGAGGUCUGCAAGAUCAAGCCCGUGGAGGUGGAGGAGAGCGGAGAGGGCGAGGAGGAGGAGGAGGAGGCAGCGGCGGGUGAAGCGGUGCCCGCGCCCCAACCGGCCAAAGGGGACGAGGGUCCCGCGGCCCCCCGGCUGGACGGGGGCUCGGGGGCGGCCGCGGGCGAGGAGGGCGUCAAGGGCGAGCGGGCGGAGGAGGGCGAUGGCUCCGAGGAGGCCAAGAAGGAGGACUUCUCCGAGGCCGACCUGGUGGACAUAAGUGCCUACAGCGGGCUCGGGGAGGACUCGGGGGGCAGCGGGCUGGAGGAGGAGGAGGAGGCCGAAGGGCUGUACGAGCCCGAGUCGGGCUGCGUGGAGAUCCCGGGGCUGUCCGAGGAAGAGGAGCCCGUCCCCAACCGCAAGAUCCAGUUCAGCACGGCCCCCAUCCAGGGUGAGGGGUACCCCAGCGGGCUCGGGGAGGACUCGGGGGGCAGCGGGCUGGAGGAGGAGGAGGAGGCCGAAGGGCUGUACGAGCCCGAGUCGGGCUGCGUGGAGAUCCCGGGGCUGUCCGAGGAAGAGGAGCCCGUCCCCAACCGCAAGAUCCAGUUCAGCACGGCCCCCAUCCAGGUGUUCAGCACUUACUCCAACGAGGAUUACGACCGCCGCAAUGAGGACGUGGAUCCCAUGGCGGCCUCGGCCGAGUACGAGCUGGAGAAGAGGGUGGAGAGGCUCGACCUCUUCCCCGUGGAGCUGGAGAAAGACUCGGAAGGACUCGGGAUCAGCAUCAUCGGGAUGGGCGCGGGGGCCGACAUGGGCCUGGAGAAGUUGGGAAUCUUCGUCAAGACGGUGACAGAAGGGGGGGCGGCGCACCGGGACGGCAGGAUCCAGGUGAACGACCUGAUCGUGGAGGUGGACGGCACCAGCCUGGUGGGGGUCACGCAGAGCUUCGCCGCCUCCGUGCUCAGGAACACCAAGGGCCGUGUCCGGUUCCUGAUCGGGCGGGAGAAGCCGGGGGAGCAGAGCGAGGUGGCGCAGCUGAUCCAGCAGACGCUGGAGCAGGAGCGGUGGCAGCGCGAGAUGAUGGAGCAGCGCUACACCCAGUACACCGAGGACGACGAGGAGACCGGGGAGUACGCCACGGACGAGGAGGAGGAGAUGAGCCCCAUGUUCCCCAGCGGGGAGAUGGCCAUCGAGGUGUUCGAGCUGGCCGAGAACGAGGACACGCUGUCCCCCGUGGAGAUGGACCCCGAGAAGCUGGUGCACAAGUUCAAGGAGCUCCAGAUCAAACACGCCGUGACCGAGGCUGAGAUCCAGCAGCUCAAGAGGAAGCUGCAGUGCCUGGAGCAGGAGAAGGCGCGCUGGAGGGCCGAGAAGGCCCAGCUGGAGCAGAGCGUGGAGGAGAACAAGGAGCGCAUGGAGAAGCUGGAGGGGUACUGGAUGGAGGCACAGAACCUGUGCCAGGCCGUGGACGAGCACCUCAAGGAGACCCAGGCCCAGUACCAGACCCUGGAGCGCAAGUACAGCAAGGCCAAGCGGCUCAUCAAGGAGUACCAGCAGAAGGAGAUCGAGUUCCUGAAGAAGGAGACGGCGCAGCGGCGGGUGCUGGAGGAGUCGGAGCUGGCGCACAAGGAGGAGAUGGAGAAGCUGCAGGAGAAGGUGGGCACGGGGCGCCGGGACGCGGGAUCGGAGCGCGGCCGGGGGGGCCCGGGGGGCUUUGCCCCCCCCCCACGGACUCGCCCCCAGCCCCACACCGAGCCCUGUCCCACCAUGUCGGUCUCCAAGCUGCAGGACACGGACGAGGUUUUUGAGACGCCGCGCUUGGACAGCAGCCUGCACAAGGCCCGCGCCCGGCUCCUGGCCCGCGGCCGCCGCCAGCGGCCCUCGCGCUCCCGCCUGCGCGACAGCGCCAGCUCCACCGAGGGCGACGAGGGGCCCGAGGCCACGGGCACUGAGGGUGAGGGCAGCCCCCCGGCCCCCUCGCCCUUCUCCCGCACCGAUGGCUUCUCCUUCGAGCCGGGGGUGGCACGGCCGGGCCUGGGGGAACCCCCGGCCCCCACGCCCCCCCUCAGCCGCUACCGGCCCCUCACCAACACCCCGUCCCAGGAGGGGCUCUCGGGUCCCCCUGCACCUCAGUCCAGCUCCGACAGCUCCCCCGGCUUUGCCCGCCGCGACCCCCGGCCCCGGCAGCACAGCGAAGAUGACAGCCGGGACAUGAGCCCCCCCUCGCCCGCCAGCCCGACUGUGGGGCUCGAUAAGAAAACACGGAGGAAGUUCUUGGAUUUGGGGGUGACCCUGCGCCGGGCAUCCUCUGGGAAGAGCCGCAAGGAGAAGAGCAGCAACCGCCUGUCCAUGGGCAGCAGGGAGGCGGCUGAGGGGCCCGGCCGCCCCUCGGGGUCCCCGUUCCUGCCCUUCUCGUGGUUCUCGGACAGCGCCAGGGGCUCCGGCUCGCCCGGCCCCGCGUCCCCCGCGGGCUCCCCCCGGCACGAGGGGCUCAGCCCCGCCAAAUCCGCCUCGCAGGACUCUGAGCUGAGCGAGGAUUCGCCGCCGUCCAGCGCCAGCCCCCGCCUGCCCGGCCCCCCCAAGUGCUCGUACCCCUACCACACCCUGUCCCAGUCCUCGGACGAGCUGCUGGAGGAGCCGGCGGGCGCGGCCGAGGGCUGGACGUGCGGCCAGGUGGGGCAGUGGCUGCAGAGCCUGGGCCUGGAGCGCUACGUGCGGGAAUUCGCGGAGCGCGGCGUGGACGGGCCCCGCCUGCUGCUCCUCGACGGGGCCAAGCUCAAGGCGCUGGGCGUGGGCAGCUCCCAGGACCGUGCGGUGCUCAAGCGGCGGCUGAAGGAGCUGAGCCUGGCGGCCGAGCGGGAGCGCAAGGCCCGCGACAAGGCGGAGAAACAGCGCGAGAAGCAGAAGAAGAAGGACCAGGAGCAGCGGAGGAGCUGAAGGGGGGGGUCCCAGCACCCCCUUCCCCACUCACACCCCCCCGGGACGCACCCCCGGGGACACGGGGCACGGCCAAGGGACAGCGGCUCCAGCCGCCCCCUCCCCGCCCGGCCCGGCCCCCCCGGGCCCCUUUCCGGAGGGCACUUGGGCACCCCCAGCCCGUCCUGCCACCCUCACCUGUCACCACCCCACCCCGCACCGCUGGCACAGGAGGGGACAGGGCAUGGCCCGACCCCCUCCACACACGGGCACCCCCAAAUCGGGGGCAGGGAGUGAACCCCGCCCCCCCCCACAGCCCCAAACGCGGCCCCCCCGAGGCCACCCCAGGAAAUAAAAGGGUA